CAUAGUUCCUGUCCUUCAGCCGUACAGCAAUAACGCAAUGAGUUUUACCGAUAAAGUGGCAAUAGUGACUGGUGCGAGUUCAGGAAUAGGAGCUGCAACGGCCGUAGCUCUGGCCAAAGAUGGUGCCAAGGUGGUCCUGGUAGCUAGGAACGAGGCCAAGCUGAGUCAAGUCGCCCAGCAAUGCGAACAACACGACGCCAAGUAUCUCAUCAUCAAGGCGGAUGUCUCCAAAGACGAAGAAGUCAAAACGAUUGUGGAAAAAACUAUCAAUAAGUUUGGACAGAUAGACGUGCUUGUCAAUAAUGCUGGAUUUGGCAAAAACGCGUCGAUUUUAGCCGAAAAUAUUAUGGAGAAUUUCGACCACAUUAUGAACACAAAUCUACGUGCAGUCGUGUACUUGACGCAUUUAGCUGCGCCUCAUUUAAUUAAGACUAAGGGCAACAUCGUUAAUAUAUCGAGUGUUAUCUCUCUACGCAUUCCUUCGGGAGAUUGUCUGUCUUAUGCAGUAUCAAAAGCUGGGUUGGAUCACUUUACACGCUGCGUUGCUUUGGACUUAUCCCCACACGGGGUAAGAGUAAACUGUGUCAACCCGGGGCCCGUCAAGACCGAUGUACUAGCGAAUGCGGGGGUACAGAACCCAGACAUGCUAUUUGAGUAUUGGAAAUCCAAAACGCUUCUCAAGAGGAUGGGCGAGCCGGAAGAGAUUGCAGACUUGAUACUGUUUCUCGCAAGUGAUAAGGCAAGGAGCAUAACAGGAUCCACAUUUGUGUCGGACAAUGGAGCACGCUUGGCCUGAAAUGAUUGUAUGACUGUUGAUAAUAAAUAUGUAAAAUAAUGUGCAA